AGUACUUUAAAGUAUUUCGGGGCGUUCCUAAAAGACGUAGAAUCGCAAACUAGCGCGAGGUCGCGCUGUUUGAAAGGAGGGAGUAGUGUAACGACCCUGGGUUUAUAAACGCGUAUAUCGACUAUUCCGCUUGAGCAUGCUCUUGGGGCAAAGUCUUUAGCGGGCUAGAAGGUCGAGGGUUGAGACUUGCUCCCUGCCUGCUUCAUUACAGUACGUUUUGUCGCAUGAAGAUGACAGCGUGUAGAAAAUAUUGCGUCACAUCGUGAAAUAUCCAAUCAUAAUUUAGUAUUUUAUUGCGACAAAUUUGAAAAUGUUUCACGUCGCAGUCGACGUCCGUGAAUCUCGAAAACCCGAUCCUUGUUGCCAACGUCGGGUUUUCGAGACUAACGUAAGACGUCCGUCGGCUUUGGGCCCGAAGAGAACCAAACGAAUGAGGGGAAUGAAGUGCUUCAAUUGUAAUGUUUAAUUGAUAAAACGUUGUCUGAAGACAUGGAUGACGUGGUCAAAACUAAGCUUAAGAGCAAUGCCAAGAUUUACAGUAACACUUUGGAGCGAAUAGUUCAAAAGUAUUCAAAGCUGCAUGACAAUGGGACUGAGGUGAACCUGGAGGACAUAACACCCGAAGAGGUGAGAGUAUGCAUGGUCAAGUCAGAGUUGGAACUAUCAAAGCUGGGAUUGUCAAAGAGUGAUGUUGACCUGGCAGAGCUGUCACUAGGAGAUGUUUCUGAAAUACACAGGCCACAGAACAUCAUUAGAGACUUCAAGAUGGACAUCUCAUACCACCAGGAUGAUCCCAACGAUGAUUGUGUAGAUGAGGGUGCUGGCCCUGUCAACAGUAAUGAUUCUGUUAUGCAGCAGGCUACAGAGAACAGCCACUUGGUGGAUAAUUCCAAACUGAAUGGGACUAGGAGUAGCCUGUGGGGUGCGCCAGAGGAGCUGGAGCGCUCUCUGAGCAGUCAUCGUAGCACUCUACUGGACCAGUAUCCCAGCAUGGUCAGCCAGGUAGGAGAGGCCUGGCGGCGCCAACAUAUGUCCGACGUGGCUGUAGGCGUUUUGAGGAGGUACCACAGGCUCAGGUGGUUCUCUAACAGAAACCUCAAUAACCGCACCUUCAACAUCAGACCUGCUCACAGAAAGACUACCCUCAACAAUGGCCAAUCCUUUCUCCAAACACCUCAGAACACCAUACUGAAUGUGGGUAAUCCCAAGAGUCCAAAGUUGAACCUCAAAAUGACAACAACCCACACCCAUCUUCCUCCACAGACCAAGGUCAACCUCCAGGAAUGGCCAGCAGAGAGGCUGUCCCACAGGAAGGGUACAGAUUCAGGGAACGGACAACCGUCCCACCCUGUUCUAGUGAUGGACUUCUCCUCUCGCCUCUCCUCUGCAGGCUCCAGUCCUGCCUCCUCCCCUCCCUCUGCAGCCCCCUCCCUUCUCUCUGCUCCCUCCUUUGUAGACUCCUCUCCUCCCUCCUCUGCAGCCUCCCUUCCCUCUUCUCUCUCCUCUGCAGACUCCUCCCUACAGGAGAGCCCUGAGCCGGAGGAGCCCCCCUUAAACCAAACCUUCAUGGUGUCCAUGCCCUCUUCCCCAUCCCCCAGGGUUAGACAUACUACCCUGGACUUCAGUCCUGCCAGAUCUGAAGACACCUUCACAGCAGGAGGGUUGAGCAGUCCAUCUCUAAGGAAGUGUGCCCUACCCACAUUUCCCCAUCAGAGGUUUUUCACAGCGGUAUGCCCUGUGGUCUGUAUGGAGAUGUCUUCAGACUACCGCUCCCCAGUAGUACAGAGUCCCUACAGAGCCAGACUGCUGAUCUGGGACAGCCAGCGUGCAGCAUCUAACGCCCACCAUAGAAGCCCCAAGUCAGGCUUUGCUGGAUAUCAUCAAAUAAACACUGUGGAGCCCAGAUCUUCCCCUGAGUCUUCACCCUCCUCUCUUCAUAGGCCUCUGAUGCCACCCAGGAAGCCCCACCACCUGGACUCCUGCAAUCCCUCCCAGCUGAAACUCCAAUCGUCUAGAUUAUCAUCUGAUCAUGAGUCUGGGGCAGGCCAGCCAAGGCUCCGGCGACACUAUUCCCUGGAUUCCUUCUCCCCAUCUGUCAGUCUCUUACGAAACUCUGCUAAGCAGAUUGACAAGGACUUCCAGAAGCUCUACCAUAGUCUUGUCUGUCAGGGCAAAUCCUCCUCCUGCUGUACAUGUGAGAGGAGAGAAGAGACCACCAGAGGAACCUCCUCUUCUGCUCUGGCUGCCCUGGCCCUGUCUCCUCACCACUCUGUCAUGAAGAAGCGUCGCAGGGAGCUGGUCCAAGAACAGUCCCCAGAGUCCAAACGUUACAGGGAUAGCUCCUUUGCUUACUCCCCAGGAUCCCUCCGCCAGAGGGUAGAAAUGUUCAGGUGCCAGAACCGCUCAGACAGCCAUUUGUCCUCCAACCAGUGGGACAUCUCCUGUGACUCCCACAACUGGAGCCCCCGCAGGGCCAGUCUGGCUCAUACCCACCACAGCCCCCAUCACCAACAUCACUCAUCAAAUGUAGCAGUCAGGAAAGCUGAAGGCUCCUGGCCUGGCCUGCAUGUUGAUCAGCACUCUCCUGCUUGGAGAGAGAAAUACAGCCGAUUUGUUGGACUUGAAGGAAAGUCAAUUGUCAAGGCUGAGUGCCAAUGUGGCUGUUCGCCAAGUUUCUCUAGGAGACAGCUUCUGUAUAAAUGAUGUCAACCCACAGAAAGGCUGUCCUGUCCUGCACCUCUACCUGAGUUUUUUUUUAUAUGCCAGAGUUGAAAACAUCUCUGCUGUUUAUCUGCAUUUGAAAACAUACUUAGGAUGUCCCAAUAACCAUGAA